UUUAGUCACCGGCAGUCACCCGUCAACUCGGAGUAGGAUUCAAUUUGGAAAUUUCCAGAAAAUAACAAAACUAACGUAAAUAAAUAUUGACAAAGUCUGCUAUUUACAAAACAAAACAAAACACAAUGUCCGCCGACGAAGCACAGUUCGACAACAUAUUGCUAGCCGUAGCAGAGAAGCAUCGAGGCGGAGUGCCCGACUUUCUGCAUACAUUGGCCAGCUUCUUGCGUCGAAAGACAGACUUCUACACAGGCGCCAAGCAGGAUGAGUGGGAGAAAUUGCUACUGGAUGUGUUCCGCAAGGAGGCCAAACUGGCUGUAGCUGCCCAUGAGGAAAAGGUCAAAGCACGCCAAGCUACGCAGCGUUUAAAGGACGAAAAGGAGCGAGUAGAGCGUGAGGCGCGUCAAAAGGAAAUGGAUGACAAUAAGAUUUGUGAUAUUAGCGACGAAGAAGCCGCUGCCAUUAUCAAAGAGGAGGAGGACAAAAAACGUCAGCAGCUCUUAGAUGGAGCUGGUGGUGAUUCGGCGCGAGUUUCAGCAACCAAUGAGGAAAUCUCCAAACCCAUUGAAAAGGCGGAGGAUGAAAGCGAAAAGGAUGAAGUGGGCAAAUUGCAGCCAAAUUCUGGCAAUGGCUGCACUCUGGAGAAAUACAUGUGGACGCAAACGCUGCAGGAGGUGGAGCUGAAGAUUCCCUUCAAUGUGCCAUUCGCUUUGCGUGCCCGCGACAUUGUGGUCAGCAUUGGCAAGAAGACAUUGAAGGUGGGCCUCAAAGGUCAAGAGCCGAUCAUCGACGGCGAGCUCUGUGCCGAGGUCAAGCAGGAGGAAUCGCUUUGGGUGAUCCAAGAUAGCAAAACGGUGCUCAUUACACUCGAGAAGAUCAAUCGCAUGAAUUGGUGGAGUCGCUUAGUUACCUCCGAUCCGGAAAUAUCGACACGCAAAAUCAAUCCAGAAUCGUCCAAGCUAUCUGAUCUGGAUGGCGAGACGCGUAGCAUGGUUGAGAAAAUGAUGUACGAUCAGCGUCAAAAGGAGAUGGGCUUGCCCACCAGUGAGGACCGUAAGAAACAGGAUAUACUAGAGAAAUUCAAGCAACAGCAUCCCGAAAUGGAUUUCUCCAAAUGCAAAUUCAAUUAAGAUGCAGGACAUUCUUUCCAAUAUUCCACACGUUUCAUCUAGUUCAGUAUCUAACACACAGACUCAAAUACACCCACACUCACACACAGCUCACAGCUCUACACUCACACACGCUCACAUUUGAAAUGUGCUUAGCAUUUUCUAACACUAACACACAUAGAUUAAAGGCAAUUUAUUAAACAUGUGAAAUAAAAC